CCGAUUUCUUGCUCAGGGGCCGCUAUCUCCUGUUGGUCCGCCUUUUUCAUCAAGAAAAGGUUUCCAACUGUUACCAUGGGCAAAAAUCGGUCCAAGAGGAACAAAAUUGCUGCUAAGGCGCGAACCAACUUGGAAGGGAAAGAGAAGCUUUCAUCUGAGGAUCUCAGACACCAAAUAACUCUCUCCCAAUCCAGGCGUGAAACACAAGACAAAUCUUGUAAACGCAGUUUCCACUCUAAAGCCCCUAAGAGUUCUCGUCCAAAGGAUUCCCAUGCAGCAACAGAAAAAUUCGACGCCAACUCCCCCAUAGUCCGAAAGUUAAUCGGAUGGCUCAACAAGGAAGGAGAGGCCCGGUCCCAAGGGAUCGGGAGAGAAACAGGUCAAGGAGAGGAUGAGGAGGUGGAAAGUCAAGGGCGCAUAUCAGUACAUAAGAGGAUGCGCAAAAAUGCGUCCCAAAGGUUGGGACCCAGAACUGAGGAAUCUGGAGAAAAUUCUGAGGGGCACGGCAAUGAAGAUGCCGGAGACAUCCUCAAAUUGAGAAAAGAAAUGGAGGAACUAAAGAGGCAGGUUGACAAGGACGGGUCUUUCGGACCCACAGUAGAGAUAAUUUCUCCCUUUACUGCCAGAGUGAUGAAAGCUCAACUGCCCAGGGGUAUGAAAGCCCCUGAAAUCCAUUAUAAGGGAGUCACCGACCCCAAUGAUCACUUGGCUGCGUACCAAACUCACAUGUUGAUGCACGCCGUGGAGGACGAGAUCCAAUGUCGCCUCUUCGUAGGAACCUUGGAAGGGCCGGCCGUAAAAUGGUUCCUCACUCUUCCUAAUGGGACCAUUGAUUGCUUCAAAGAUCUUGCUCAACUCUUCCUCAACGCCUAUGGAGGAAGGUUCCAGCCAAAAAAGCACUUCACCCAUCUUUUCUCCCUAAAGCAAAAGGAGGGAGAGACCAACAGUGAAUUGGUACAAAGAUGGAAUGAAGCAAUCAAUGAGGUGGAGCCUAUGGACGAUAAAACUUCCAUUGCUCUGUUCAUGAAUGUUCUCAGGUCGGGGGAAUUAUUCAGGAAGUUAGAUUAUGAUACCCCUACUUCUUACAAGGCUAUGAUGGCUAGGGUUAACAAGUUCUGCGCCACGGAAGAGUCGGAUCGCCUGAAAGGAAAGAGCGAGGGAGCCUGGCAAAAAGGCCCGGACAAAGAAAAGAAAGGAGAAAAGACCAAGGUGGCCACUCUCUCCAUCCCUACCCUCAAGUCACUGGUCGCACCAGUGGCAGAAAUUAAGAGCAAGGAGGAAGGUGGGCAGAAGAGGAAACGUGGAGACCAAAAGAGAAGGCAGUGGCCCUAUGACCCAGAAAAAUAUUGCAACUUCCAUAGAAGGCCUGGACACGCCACUGAAGAAUGCCAUUUCCUCAAAAAGAUGGAAGGAGAGAUGAAGGACAAGGAACCGAAUGCCAAUCAGGAGCCGAACCAAGGAGGUAAUGUUUGGCGUAGGGACGCCCAACCUCAACAACAAGUCCAGGAGAACCCGGAAGAAUUUCCCCAAGUAGGAGUCAUCUUUGGCGGUCCAGAAACAGGAGUCACAAGCAAGGAGAGGAAGGAAUGGGCUCGCAAGCUGAUGAUCUCUUUAUUAUUCAAGGAGGUCCUGGGACAGAUCAUGGAGGCUUAUGUGGAUGACCUACUGAUCAAAAGUAAGCAAGCAGCGGACCAUCCUCAGCACUUGGAGAAAUGCUUUAGCAUCAUGAGGAAGCAUAAUUUGAGAUUGAACCCCAAAAAAUGUGCCUUUGGGGUCCAGGGAGGAAAAUUCCUUGGUUACAUGGGAGGGGGAAACUUCCAGUGGACCGCAGAGUGCCAAGAGGCCUUUGAACACUUGAAGGCAUAUUUGAGCUCUCCACCGGUCCUCUCCAAGCCACUAGCAAGGGACGUCCUUUUCUUGUACUUGGGGGUGGCCCACCUGGCAGUGAGUUCGGUCCUCUUGAGGGAAGAAGAAGGAGUCCAAAAGCCAGUUUAUUACACAAGCAGGGCCUUAAGAGGACCGGAAACAAGGUACAUUCCCUUGGAAAAAUGUGUUUUGGCAGUGGUGGUAACUGUCAAAAGGUUAACUCCCUAUUUCCAAGCUCACCCAGUGAGAAUCAUGACGGACCAGCCUUUGGGAGCAGUUUUGAGGGACCCGUCCUCUUCAGGAAGGGUCAUUAAGUGGGCCAUGGUCCUCUCUCAAUAUGAUAUUUCUUACCAGCCCUGUUCUAGCAAGAAGGGCCAGGUCAUUGCCGAUUUUAUGGUGGAGUGCACGGCAAGAGGGAAACCAGAAGAGGAUGGGACCGAUCAGGAGAGAAAAAAGGAAUUAUGGGAGAUUCAUUCAGAUGGAUCCUGCACUAAAGACGGUUCAGGAGGAGGAGCGGUCCUCACCUCCCCUGAAGGCUUCAAGGCUUAUCAUUCCUUUAAGUUCACAUUUCGGGCCACCAACAAUGAAGCAGAAUAUGAGGCCCUCAUUGGAGGUAUCCAGAUUGCCCUAUUCAUGAAGAUAAAGCACAUCCGCCUUAAAUCCGAUUAAAAAUUUGCCAUCGGGCAGCUAAAAGGAGAGAUGGAGGCCAAGGAAGGAAGGUUGAAAAGAUACAGGGACUGCGCCAGGACUCUACUUGGACAAUUUGAGUCCUAUGAACUCAUAUAUGUUCCAAGAGAGGAGAAUGAAGAGGCGGAUAUGUU